UGGGUCAUAUGGGUUCCUUAUGCUGACACUAUCUCUUGAGGCAAAGCGAAGGAAAACCAGGGCAUGCCGCCGUUUUCUUGGUCCACGUUUUUGUUAACACUUUUGCUAUUAGCUUAUUUGAUCAUAUACAAACUACAUAAAAUAAUAUAUACUUUACUUUUUCUUCCUUUUAUCUCUUCCUCUUUUUCACUACCCCACAUUUUGCUUGGGUCAUUUCGUGAAUGUUGAUCUGUCUCAGUUUGAUCACUUCUUGGGCAAUCGGAAAAAAGCAACAAGAGCAUCAACAGCAGAAUGGAUCUUUUGAGCACCAGCAUUAUGAAAAGAAAACAACAAUGAUUAGCGCAAAACCAGGUCCAGUCAUCAAAACCACAAAUGUUCACGUUGCUGCAGACCAAGGAGAAGCCGAUCAGGACAACUCUCCUGACAGCAAUCACAAGUUUAUUGACGAAAAGCCAACAGCAAAGAUCGCGCUUUCGGUCGAGCUAGCAAAACAGCAACACCAGCAACACCGUUGGCCCGGCAUACGAGCCGAAUCCAUUAUGUCUAAAGCGAGCGUCGAAUCAUUGCAUCGAAUUAUGCAAACACAACAACAGCAGCAACAGCCCGGAGAUGAAACGACAAAAUCAAUAUACCAGCAGCAGCAGCAGUGGAAUUACUCAGCCAAAGCAAUGCCCGACACCUUCUCAACUCGAGUCUCAGCAAAUGGCAGUGUCGCCUUGUCAGAUUCUGACAGUGCAACGGGCGUAGCAGCAGCAGCAACAACAGCGGCAGUUGAUGAGCAAUAUGAAGAUCACUCACCGCCGCAAUCCCCAGCAGUGGCAAGACUUAUCAAACAGCACCGACAAGCAACAAUCUUAAGCGAAACAGGCUCUUUGUUUUCGAGCAACAGCUCCGAUGCUGUCAUGACCAAGUCAGGAGCUACGAUAGAUCAGCAACGGAUAUUGGAGACCGCCGCUGCACGGGGCAAAGAGCCAUGUGACCAGCCAAAUGUAACAAAUGACGAAGGUGUCUCAGUCGUACAAACUACAGGAGCAACUAUUUCGGAUGCAUCAAGUAUGACGGCUCCUGCUACCGUAAUUACUAGCAGUGGCGCCACCACCACCGCAGCACCAACAAGCGCGCCUUCUUACUCCUGCCGUAAUGUCGUAUUACCGGUCUACGAGUCGCGUUUCGCGCCACCUACAUUACAGCAACAACAGCAACCCCAAACGCCUUAUGCAAUAGGUUCGAUUCUCGAAUCCACUUUUAGCUCGUUCAGCAGUAUCUUCAGUAACAACCAGCAGACUACAUCCCACGAAGCGGAAUCUUGGACAAAGUCGCUGCAAGACAAGUUCUCCAAGAUAGUAUCCCCUGUUCCAAAAGUGGAUUCUACAACGCAUAUGCACAAAAAAUUCGCAGUUGUGGGUAUUCACGGAUGGUUUCCGACCAAGCUUGUCCGAAGCAUGAUUGGCGAACCGACGGGCACAUCGCAAAAAUUCUGUAAACAAAUGAUGGCGGCAUUGGAACAGUAUCUAAAGACGGAGCAUCAACUGACUCUUUCGGACGAUGCGGUUACUGUGAUUCCACUGGAAGGAGAAGGCAAAGUCGAGGAGCGGAUACACAAGCUUUUUCUUCAGCUCGUAUCCAAUUUGGAGUGGUUGGAAGCGAUAUCCUCGGCCGAUAUUAUUUUAUGGGGAACCCAUUCGCAGGGCACACCUGUAUCGGUCAUGUUGUUGCACCAACUCCUGCAAGGUGGACACAUUCACUUGCAUCGGCAGUCCGUUUGUAUGCUCGCAAUGGCUGGCAUUGGCCAUGGUCCUUUUCCCUCGCUUCAAGGAAGCUUAAUAGUCAAGUACUUUGAAGCGGAUGCCGCACGAGAACUCUUUGACUUUAUGGACUCCAAUAGUGUCAUAUCUCAAAAGUUCAGAGAGUCAUUGGGGAGCAUACUGAACAGUGGCGUUAAAAUGGUUCUCGUUGGCUCAUUGCAAGAUCAAGUCGUGCCACUCUAUUCAGCUAUACUGGCGGGUGUCUCACAUCCAAAUAUUUUACGAGCUGUAUAUAUCGACAAACAUGUUUAUACAGACGAUGAUUUCCUGAUCAACUUGGUGGUGUUUGCGCUACGAUUACGAAAUGCUGGUAUUCCUGAUCAUGGCUUGCUUAUCCAUGUCAGUGAAGUCUUAGCUGGUAGCAUCUAUGCAUUCGAAGGAGGUCAUUCAACGAUUUACGAAGAAGUCGACGUAUACAUGUUGGCCGUACGAUACCUCUUUGAUACCCCAGGAUUGUCACCACUAUCUACAAUGUCACCACCAUCACCACAGAAAGCAGUUUCAGCAUCAUCAUCAUCGCCGGUACAAGCAUCAAUACAACAAUCACCAUCCAACAGUAGAGGCAUACCUCUUGCAUCACAGCAACAACCACAAAACGAAGAAGCACUGAUGGAUCCUUUCAAAGCUGAACUCCGGCUGAACCCUUAUUAUCUCCCUUGGGUACUGCGCGGAAUAUUUGAAGACGCUGCAAUCAUUAAAGUAGGUUGGGCAUCACAGGAACUAGGACGACUUCAUGAACUCUUUUUACGAUGGGCACCAACCAGUGCAAAGUUACGAGAGUUUAAGUUUCGUUUGGAGCCUUUGAAAGAUCAUAUUUUUGGGUCAUCAUAGACUUUGUACAUUUCAUAACACAUACAAUUAGAUUAUAUUCACCCCCCCCACCUCCUUUUACAACAGCCGUUUUAGCUAUGUUAUGGCUGUUGCUUGCAUAAAGUACCUUUUCUCUUCUAAACUGCUAUAAUGAAUAAUCACCUAUAUUGUACAGUUUAUCACUUCCCGAAUUAACUCUUUCACAUAUGUAUAAAUCUAUAGAUGUACAACAAUUAAUUUUUAUCAUCUGAUAUAUUUUUCG